AUGAAUCCCCCACGUAUCAAGAUGGACUUUUAUUGUGACAUUGCGUCUACAUUUAGCUAUUUCGCACUCGAACAACUCCUUCGCUACGAACAGUUGUGGAACAUCGAACUGGAUAUCCACCCGAUCUAUCUUGCUUCCAUUUUCAAGAUUACCGGUAACCGUCCGCCCAUCAUGGGCAGUCCACAGAAGGUGGUCUACACGAUGAAAGAUACAGCGAGGCUCUCUCAAGAGUACCAAGCCCCCUUUCGUACUGGACCAGAGUUUCCGGGGAAUACCCUCCGUGUCAUGAAGUUGUUGCGAUAUCUGAAGGAGCGCCUCCCGCGCGAAAAGUUUAACCAGGCUGUUCGCCAUUAUUUUAGAGAAAACUUUGUGGCAAACACGCGAAUCAGCUCGCCAGAGUUUCUCUCCUCACUCCCAGCAGAUAUUUAUCCCGCCGAAGAGCUCGCACAAGCGAUUCAAGAGUCGCAAAGCAAAGAAAUCUCAGAAAUCAUGCGAAGUGAAUCCAAUGCGCUCGUUGAAGAGCAUAGUGCAUUCGGUUUCCCUUGGAUCAUCGUCACUCGCACGACCCCACAGGGCAAGAUGGAAAGCGAGUCUUGGUUUGGAUCAGAUCGAUUCUCGAAUAUCUCUUGGUGGCUGGGACCGGAGUAUCCGUGGCUUGGUCCGACACCUUCAAAGUCCCGGCUCUAG